AUGACGAUGAAAUUGGAAAUUUAAUAAGGGAUGAUAGAAAGAGAUGAGGAUGAUGAUAUAGAAUUAGAUGUGGAUCCUGAGGAGGUUUUCAAAAUUUUGAAAAAAUAGGAGUCAUAAAUGAGCAAAGCAUUAGAUGUAAAAAUCGAUUAAACCGACUAGGGAGAACCUAAAUUUUAGAUCAAGUCAAAUGGAAUUUAAAUAGAUAAUGAGGCUUAGCUAGAUAAUUAAGAAUUUUAUAAUGAGUAAGAUUCGGACAAUGAAUCAGAUUUUGAUGUAAAAUAUGAAGAAUAAAAUGACGACUAUUCUGAUUUAAAACCAAUCAAGGCACCAUUGUUUCUUUAAGAUUUGAUAUUUGGACUGUAAUCUGAAAAUUUUGAUAGAUUCAAUAUAUCUCUAGAUACUGCAGAAUCCCUUAUAAGAAAUUAAAAAUUAAAUGACCUAGAUAUUAUGAGUAAUGACUUGAUUCAAUUAUUAUUCAGGAUGUAAAAUAGAUAUGACACAGAUGACUUUCCUCUAAAAAAGUAUAAAGCUAUCUAAGCACUAGUUGAAAGAAUACCAAAAUAGAUAAGUAUUUUGAUAGCAAAUCGCGUUGCAGAUUCUGAGGCCAGUUUAGGAGAGAAGCUCCUUCUUGUAGAAGUCCUUGGAAAUGCUGCCUUAGAAUUAGCUAAUGAUUAAGCACCUUAGGAAUUUUUAGAAUAAUAAAGGAUGUAUAUAGUAGAACAGCAAAAAUAAGAAAACGAAUUCUUUUAAACACCAUCAAUGUUCGAUUAGCCAAUGUAAGUUCUUGGAACACUAAAACGUAGCCUAAGCCGAGCAAAAAUACCAUAAGGCUAAAAAAAUAACUUUCAUUAGUAGAGCGAUUAUUUUAUUUUCCCAACUCUUCACAUACUUAAGAAUGCUUUUGUUUUGAGUCACCCUAAUCUUUUUGCAAAGGCUUUAUUCAGUUUGUCUCUGAUGCUUGAAUGUGCCACUAAUCAUCUAAAAAUUUAAGAGUAUUCUGAGGAAUGUUACAGGAUGUAUAUUUAACUCAGGAACGUCUAGGAUAGUUCUAUUGAGGUUAUCAUAAACUUAGUAUUUAUGCUGAGUAAACUUAAAAGAUUAGAAUAAAAAUAAUAUGAAAAUGCUAUUGAAUGGAUUCAUGAUUAACUUGAGGCCAAUGGGGGCAAUCAAACUUUAUAAGAAGUGGGCUUAUUAGUAAUGAAAAUGCUUCAUUCUAAUAAUAAGAAAUGA